AUGGCAAGUAUGGGCACUCCAGCCGUUGUCAUGGACAAUGGUACGGGAUUAACUAAAUUAGGAUUUGCAGGAAACGAUUCUCCAUCAUUUGUUUUCCCGACGGCAAUCGCUACAUCAUCAGCAUCAACAAAGACUUCUAAAUCGUCUGCCAAGUCGUCAUUUUUAUCUUCCAAAAGAGGAUUAGAGGAUUUGGAUUUUUUCAUCGGUAGUGAAGCGUUGAACGCUAGCGGACCAAACUACAAUUUGUCAUACCCAAUUAGACAUGGACAAAUUGAGAACUGGGAUCAUAUGGAAAGAUUCUGGGAGAGUUCGAUUUUUAAGUAUUUAAGAUGUGAACCAGAAGAUCAUUACUUCUUGUUGACCGAGCCACCAUUAAACCCUCCUGAAAACAGAGAAAGUACAGCUGAAAUUAUGUUUGAAUCAUUUAAUUGUGCUGGGUUAUACAUUGCGGUGCAAGCUGUUUUAGCAUUGGCUGCAUCUUGGACAUCGUCGAAGGUGCAAGAUAGAUCUUUGACUGGUACUGUUAUUGAUUCUGGUGACGGUGUCACCCAUGUUAUACCGGUUGCUGAAGGGUAUGUGAUUGGUGCCGCCAUCAAAAACAUUCCAUUGGCUGGUAGAGACAUAACAUUGUUUAUUCAAUCCUUGUUGAGAGACCGUGGUGAGGCCGAUACGUCGUUACAGACGGCCGAGAAGAUCAAACAACAAUUCUGUUACGUGUGUCCAGAUAUUGUCAAGGAAUUCAGCAAGUUUGAUCAAUACCCUCAAGAGAAGUUUGCUCAAUACAUGGUUGAAUAUGCCGAUAAGAAUAGGAAUACCACCGUUGACGUUGGUUACGAAAGAUUUUUGGCACCAGAGAUUUUCUUCAACCCGGAAAUUUGCUCAUCAGACUUCUUAACCCCGUUGCCAACUAUUGUUGACCAGGUUAUCCAAUCAUCUCCAAUUGAUGUUCGUAAGAAAUUAUAUAAGAACAUUGUCUUGUCUGGUGGUUCGACCAUGUUCAAGGAUUUCGGCAGAAGGUUACAAAGAGACUUGAAAGGGUUAGCCAAUGAAAGGAUCGAAUUAAGUGAAAGAUUAAGUGGUGUUAAGAGUACAGGUGUUGACGUUCAAGUCAUUUCCCACAAGAGACAACGUAAUGCUGUAUGGUUUGGUGGUUCGUUAUUGGCACAAACCUCAGAAUUUAAGAGCUAUUGUUACACUAAACAAGAUUAUGACGAGUAUGGCCCUAGUAUUGUCAGAAAUUUCUCGUUAUUCUCCGUACCAUAG